AUGAAGCUGCCAUAUACGCUGCGGUUUUCGGUCAAACCUCAGGCCAACGACGUUAUGUUGGACGAUGUCAGCUUUGACCACUGCAGAGAGGGCGAUUUCCCCGCAGGAGCAGACCAACUGUCAUGUGAUUUUGAAAAUGACACCUGUUCCUGGUACGACGACUACAGCGCCAGCCUUUUGUGGAAAAGGAGCACCGAUGCAUUCAGUAAGGGCUUCUACAUGCAUGUAACUGCAAAAUACAACCUGGAUAUCGCAUCAGCAGCCAGACUCAUCAGCUCCCCUCGACCUGCGGGUCGAGUCAUAUGUGUGAGCUUCUUGUACCACAUAUUUGGCUCCAGCAUUGGUUCGCUGAAGUUCAUUGCAAAGCGUGCUGGUGAAGCAGAGACGGUGGUAUGGAUGAGAAGCGGCACCCAGGGAAACAAAUGGAGAUUUGCAGAUCUUACCUUCACCAGUGACAAACCGAUACAGUUCAUUAUAGAAGCUGUAGUGGGCGGUACGGAGGGCAGCAUAGCCAUCGAUGACGUCAUGGUGUCCAGCAGUGUGAAUGGCUCUUGCCCGGCUGAGAGAGAGUGCACCUUCCAGGGCUCCCUCUGUGGUCUGCUGCCCCGAUCGUCUGCAGACUUCAGCUGGAGCCGGAUGACGGGGACGUCCCAACCAGCCAACUCUUCAGGCCCAGCCACAGAUCACACUCUGGGGACCGAGGGAGGUUAUUACCUGAGUGCUCAGUUGUGGAGUCACCCUGUGGGGUCCAGAGGCGCGGUGAUGACCGCGGUGAUGGAGCCCACUGCUGCGGACGGGGAAUGCCUGAUGUUCUGGUAUUACAUGGAGGGAAGUGAAGUCGGGGAACUCAGCGUUUCCCUUCAAACCCUCGACAGCAACAAUGUCUCGCUCUGGACUCGAAGUGGAGAUCAAGGGAAGCACUGGAGGCACGGAAGAGUGACGCUGCUCAGUCCCAGCGCCCCGUAUCAGGUGAUCUUUGAGGCGGUGGUUGGGGAUGGACUGAGGAAAGAUAUCGCCAUCGACGACCUCACUGUCCUGAAUGGCGCCUGUCCCCCGCCCGGAUUUUGUGACUUUGAAAUGGACUUGUGUGGUUGGGUGAACAGUCCUCCAGCAGAGUCCGGAGUGGACUGGGACUGGCUCUCAGGGAAGAGCUCGGGUCACUUUGCAAUCUUCAUGCACUCUGGGUCGAGAAGAGAAGAAAUUGCGCGACUGGAGAGUGAGACGAUGGAGCCAGUAGAGCGAUCUUGCCUGGAGAUCUGGCACCACACCGUCGGGUGGAUCCAAGAUGGUGUUUUCUUACUGUUGAGUGGAUCUGGGUCUCGGGAUGGGGAGAGAGCAGCCGUCUCCGUUCCUCUCCUCAAUCUAACGUCAUAUUUCUGUGUUGGAUUCUGGUACUACAUGCUCGGGCCUUCAGUGUCCUCCCUGGACCUGCUGGUUGAGACAUUGAUGUUCACUGGCCAUAGAAACACCACCAGUCAAGGAUUCAUCGCAAUUGAUGACAUUCAAGUGAAGGAGGGAGCCUGCAGUCAUCAGUCUGGAGAUACGUGCGGGUUCGAUUCCAGCUGGUGUGGCUUUCAGAACGCUGUCAAUCACAAGGCUCGGUGGGAUCGCAAGAGAGGCACAAAAUAUCAGGUGGAUCACACCUAUGGAACGGAAAAUGGUUUCUACAUGACUUUGAUGACAUCACCGAACCAUACACAGACAGAAGUAGCUGAGUUGCUAACGCCAUCGUUCGACUCAGCUCUGGAGAUAUGUGUGCACUUCUGGUACUGGAUCCCUGCAGGGUCGGGCAUCCUUGGCGUGGAUGUGCUGCGGAGCGGGGAGGAGGGUGAAGCACUUUGGGAACGAUCUGGACCGCCCUCUUCAAACUGGGAGUUGGCAGAGGUCACCGUGUCCUCCCCUGGAAAGUUCCGUGUUGUGUUUAAGGCAGACCAUGUGCCAGGCACCAACUCCACAGUGAAAUUAGAUGAUAUUUCUCUGAGGCAGGGGGCCUGCAGUCCUCCAGGCAGCUGUGACUUUGAGUCCGGACAGUGUACUUGGGUCAACAUCCCCAAAGAAGAUGGACAUGACUGGGUGCUGGCGAAUGGAGGCUUCCAGGGUCCACCGACGGACCACACAACUCAGACCCCAGAGGGUUGGUUCUUGUUGAGCUCAUCGCUGCACCGGAACCACAGCAACGGGGCGCAGGUUUUGUCAGAAUGGAUCCGGCUGAGAGACAUCCCAUCCUGUCUCACCUUAUGGUACCAUAUGGAUGGCAGUGAGUCUGGCACGUUGAAGGUUUUCAUGCGUUCAGAGCCAUUGGAAGAAGAUCUGCUGUUCAACAGAACCAGAAGUGGACGCGGCUGGACCAUGCUCUCUCAGUCUGUAGAGAGGAGCACACCUUUCCAGCUGCUGAUCAAAGCAGAGAACAACAACUUUGGAUUCAUUGCCAUCGAUGACGUCAGUGUCACACCAGGCCCUUGUCAAGUAAAUGAAACAAAUUCGGUAUUUGUGGGUUGCACGUUUGAAAAUGGAACAUGUGGCUGGGAGGACAUCAGUUCUGGCCCAUGUCAGUGGAAGAGAGGAAGGAAGGCCACUGGGAACACUGGACCCUCUGUGGACAACACAGUGAGCACUGAACUGGGUUGGUACAUGUCUGUGGAGCCUGCCCGAGGAGAUACAGUGAGUCCUGCUGCUGUGCAGAGUCCCACCAUGAAACAGGCCAGCGCCACCUGCACACUACACUUCUACUACAACAUGGAGGGAGAGGACAUAGAGAUGCUGCAUGUGAUGCUGAAGGAGGGCUCCCGGACCACUGCACUGUGGUGGCUAACUGGUAACCAUGGAGAUGCGUGGCAUCACGGCGAGGUAAAGGUUGGUCGAAUUCCUCAGGAAUUCACCGUCCAGUUUGAAGCCAGCCGGACCUUCGACAGGCUCGGACACGUUGCCAUCGACGACAUCGGUUUCAUCAACUGCACACUGCCCGAGCCUCAACCCUCGUGUCCAGAAAAUAUGUUUGUGUGCAACAACAGUGUGUGUGUGCCGCACAACCAAGUGUGUGACUUCAGUGAUGACUGUGGGGACUGGUCUGAUGAGAGCGCCUGUGAGCAACAAGCUGUUGCUGAGCGCUGCAGCUUUGAACACGGCCUUUGUUUCUGGGAGCAAAGCGAUGAGGACGCAGCUGUAGCCGCGUGGACGCGUCACCAAGGACGGGAAGCUUGGCCCAGACUCGGGCCGUCCAGGGAUCACACCCACAACUCUGAUGCAGGUCACUACGUCGUCCCCGGGGAUCUGACUGAGGACGGCCAGACAUCAGACACUCUCUCCAACACUUUACUAGCCAGCUCCAACUGCACUGUGAGAUUCUUCUACUUCAGCCUGGAUGAUGCUCGGGCCACACUGACCGCCCGGUCCAGGACUCUGCAGACGGGCAGUGAGGACGCUCUGCUGUGGCUCAGGGGAAACUCACACAGCUACGACUGGCAGAGGGCAGAGGUCACGUUCUCCUCCUCAGUCAAUAGCAAGAUUGUCUUCAGGUAUGAGCGAGGUGACGGUCUCGGGGGGCUGGUCGCGCUGGACGACAUCUCCUUCUCAAGGGAGUGUCUAUUUGACCCUGACAACAGCAAACUGCCUGACCCAUCCUCCACCUCCGCCCCGCCUACACCCACUUCAUCAGACUCAACCACGCCAACCCUCCUCCCCUGUCAGGAGGAUGAGUUUUCCUGUCGGCUGUCAGAUAUGAAAGUGUGUAUUCCGGCGACUCUGCGAUGUAAUUAUCAUCCAGACUGCCCACAAGGAGAGGACGAGGAUGGCUGUGGUCGUUGCACAUUUGAGAGUGACCAGUGCCAAUGGACGGACACCAGUGAUGGACAGAGCAGGUGGCAGAGGCAGAAAGCCAGUGACAACACCGAGCCUCCCGCGAAUCACACGACAGAGACAGGCUACUACAUGAGAGUGAAUUUCAGUCAGGGGUCCAAUCAGACGGAAGCUCGCCUCCAGAGUCCCCCACUCUCCCCUUCAUCCCCCUACUGCCAACUUCUGUUUCACUUCCACAUCAGUGCAGAGAGUUCUGGGUCACUCCGAGUGCUUAUGCAGCAAGCUGAAGGGAGUGAAGCAAUCCUGUGGUCACGCAGUCACAACACUGGCUCCCAUUGGCCCCCAGAGCAUCUGCCUGUGGGCCGGCACCAGCAGCCGUAUAAGGUUUGGUUCAGCGGCAUGAAUGAAGGGAUUCAGACAGACACGACUUCUGGAGAUGCCAAUGUUGCCGUGGAUGAUAUUUCUUUUAUAAACUGUGAAAUGUCCUACCUUCCACCAGCUCUGUCUGCCUGCGGCUGCUCUUUUGAAGAUGGUCUGUGUGUUUGGGUUCAGGGGGCUGAAGAUGAGCUGGACUGGCUCAGCAGGUCUGGUCCCACUGAAACCCCCAACACCGGGCCUGCAGGAGACCACACUACCGGCAAAGGUAAAUACAUUUACAUCAAAAGUUCCCGACCAAGUGUGAAGGGAAAUAAGGCCCAGCUGAAGUCUUUGCUGCUGCCACCUGCUGGUGAACAAGGAUACUGUUUCACAUUUUGGUACCACGUGUUUGGAGCGACUGCUGGCUCCUUGAGGAUGCUUCUACAAACAGCUGAUCCCUUCACGAAAACAUUGGUGUGGCAAAAAUCAGGAAACCAAGGGGACGAGUGGCUGCUGGUGCAGAGCCACGUGACCUUGCAGAAAGUCCACCAAGUGAUACUGGAGGCUACCGUGGGGGGAGAAGCAGGAGACAUAGCCAUUGAUGACAUCUCCUUCAUCAGUGGGCCAUGUCCCAACUCUGAUGUGUGUGACUUCGAGGAGGGAAGCUGUGGCUGGCAACAGCAGACCACCGAUGACUUUGACUGGGUAAGACAGUCGGGCUCCACCAUGAACCCCAACACCGGGCCGGACAGCGACCACACCACCAACACACCCAGAGGCCAUUACUACUACCUGCCCUCCUCCACGGCCGACCACGCGGGACAGACGGCUCAAAUGUCUUCAACACUAUACCCUGCAGACAAAAGAGUGUGUGUGCAGCUCUGGUACCACAUGUAUGGCAAAGGAAUGGGGCAGCUCAACGUUUACCAGCAGACCGAAGAAGGGAAGCAAGCUCUGAUCUUCUCUCAGACAGGAGAACAGGGUCGUCUGUGGAGGCUCGGACAGGCGUCACUGUUGCCCCGAGUGCAGCCUUACAGGAUCGUGGUGGAAGGUGUGAAGGCCGGCCUUACCCAGGAGGGAGACAUGGCGUUUGACGAUGUCCAGUUGACAGACGCUCACUGUCCUCCUCCUGGACAUUGUGACUUUGAGAGCAACUUGUGCAGCUGGAGCAACCUGGGAGGAGGAGUCGACCAGGGGGACUGGCUCCGCGGCAGAGGAGCCUCCCUAAACCCCAGCACGGGGCCCAAUGUCGACCACACCACCAACUCCACACUCGGUUUCUAUCUCUAUGUGGACAGCUCAGUGGGUGAGUGGGGAGACAUGUCCUUCCUGAUCAGUGACGUGUUCCAGCCGACCACCAGAGGUCACUGUCUGACAUUCUGGUACCACAUGUUCGGCAACAAAAUUGGGACGCUGAGAGUUUACAUAAAUGACAGAAAAACGCACUCUGGUGGAAACGAAGAAGGGAUUCUGAAGUGGAUUGAGACCGGAAACCAGGGAGCCAUGUGGCAGGAGGCCAGUGUGACUGUUAAACAUGGAGAAGCAUUCUGGUUUGUGUUUGUGUAUCAGCGUGGUAUCGGUACGGAUGGGGAUGUUUCUCUCGAUGACAUCACUAUCCUACCUGGCAGCUGCUACUCAGAGCCCCCCAUUGACCCCUCUGGGGACAACAAGGGGAUGUUGUCGGUAGGUCUGGCUGUUGCUCUGACGAUGCUGGCUGGAAUCAUCAUCUCCGUCGUCCUCUAUAUGAUGAACAGGACGUGUAUUGUAACGAAUCAGCAAACACUUGUGAAUGAUGACGCAAUGAACCAGAACUCUGCGCUUGACCUCGAUGACUGCAACAUAGAUGGCACAGAACAUGGAACUCAAUCGGAGUUUUCCUUCUUCAACCGUCUGUAUAAUCCAUCUCCACGCGUGACUGACAACACCGUAGCUUCAUCUGAUGCUUAGUCCAGAUUAAUAACUCCGAUAAAACAAAUAACACAUUCACCAAUUUGUAAAUUGUAAAAUGGAGAUAUUUUAUUCCCAUUGUAACUGUUAUUACAAGAUUCAAUAUUGAUGUUGGUGGGGCCUUUUGCUGAGAAAAGAAUGCAUCAAAGGAUAAGGUGAUGUUAAAUAAGUUAAAGUGAAAGUUAAUGUGAGUUAAAUGAGAAAGUAUCAGUUGUAAUAAUGACAAGAGGAGUAAGAAGCAUGUGAUCAAAUGUUUGGCUAACGUACAAACCCCUUGACUGAGGAUGAGUGAACAAUAAAAAUGUAAUUUUUUUGGAAAAUAGAAUAAAACAUACACCGUGA